CUAUUUCGUCUCGUUCAUCAUCAUCAUGUGAAAACACUUCUUCAUCGUCUUCUCUCUCUCUCUCUCUCUCUCUCUCUUUCCAAAAGCAAUUCUUCAAAAUUCGGAAACCAAAACGCUUUGUCUUCCCCAUCAACAACCCACUGCUCUCAUCUCACCACCUCUGCCUGCGCAUCUCUCUCUCUCUGUCUCUCUCUCUCUACUAGGAGGGAAACAGGAGAAGCAAAGCACAAGACAACAGACUUCCGGCGUUCCGGGAAGGACUCCGCGUCUUCAGUUUUUGACAAUGUCGUCGCCGACGCCGGGAGCCGCGCCGGCUCCUACCUCCCCACCGGCCCCCAACUCCACUGCGCCCCCGCCGGCCACCCCAUCUUCUCCGCCGCCCGCGACUCCUUCAGCCCCACCUCCAGCGGCGACCUCUCCGCCGCCACCCGCUACUCCUUCCUCUCCCCCGCCAUCAGCGGCUUCUUCUCCCCCGCCUCCCGUCUCUCCGGCGUCUUCUCCGCCGCCUCCGGCGACGCCGUCUGCUUCUCCUCCCUCGACCCAUGCUUCGUCUCCUCCGCCGCCGACGACCAAAUCGCCACCGUCUUCUUCCCCUCCUCCGCCCUCAAAUCCCUCGACGCCGUCGUCUCGGAGUCCGCCGCCGCCUGCGACGGCCUCGAAAUCUUCGCCUCCGCCGCCGUCCUCUACGUCGUCAGACUCCUCCAGCAUAUCUACUGGAGUUGUAGUCGGAAUUGCUCUAGGUGGGGUUGUGAUACUUGCUCUGUUGAGCCUUAUGUUCGUGUGCUGUUGCAGGAAGAAGAAGAGGAGAAGAUAUGACGGACCUCAGGAUUACUAUGUGCCACCUCCACCUGGUCCCAAAGAUGACCCGUAUGGUGGCCCACCAGUGCGGUGGCAGCAAAAUGCACCCCCACCAGCCAAUCAGGUCAUGACAAUGAUGCCAAAACCCUCCCCUCCGCCAGCAGUUGCAUCACGGCCACAACACCCGCUGCCACCUGCUACGCCUCCGCCUCCUCCGCCACCCUUCAUGAACAGUAGCGGAGGCUCAGGAUCCAAUUAUUCUGGUUCUGAAGUCCCACUACCGCCACCAUCGCCAGGCAUUUCCUUGGGCUUUUCAAAGAGCACAUUCACUUAUGAAGAAUUGGCAAUGGCCACAGAUGGCUUCUCGGAUGCCAACCUCCUUGGGCAAGGUGGUUUUGGGUAUGUACACAAAGGAGUCCUUCCUAAUGGAAAAGAAAUUGCAGUUAAGCAGUUGAAAGCUGGGAGUGGCCAGGGGGAGCGAGAAUUUCAGGCAGAGGUUGAGAUUAUUAGCAGAGUACAUCACAGAUAUCUUGUGUCAUUGGUUGGUUACUGCAUCACUGGCUCCCAGCGGUUGCUUAUUUAUGAGUUUGUUCCAAACAACACCUUAGAGUUCCAUUUACAUGGAAAGGGCUGCCCAACAAUGGAUUGGCCCACAAGAAUGAAAAUUGCUCUUGGAUCUGCAAAAGGAUUGGCAUAUCUGCAUGAGGACUGUCAUCCUAAGAUCAUUCAUCGUGAUAUCAAAUCAGCUAAUAUACUUCUGGAUUUCAAAUUUGAGGCAAAGGUUGCUGAUUUUGGACUGGCAAAGUUCUCUUCUGAUGUUAAUACUCAUGUCUCCACCCGGGUGAUGGGAACUUUUGGGUAUCUGGCUCCUGAAUAUGCUUCAAGUGGGAAACUUACAGACAAAUCAGAUGUUUUCUCCUUUGGAGUCAUGCUUCUGGAGUUAUUUACUGGUCGCCGACCUGUUGAUACAACUCAUACUUUCAUGGAAGAUAGUUUGGUUGAUUGGGCAAGGCCUUUGCUUGGACGAGCUUUGGAAGAUGGAAACUUUGAUAUUCUUGCCGAUCAACGGCUGCAAAAUAAUUACGACCCCAAUGAAAUGGCUUGCAUGGUUGCUUGUGCUGCUGCUUGUGUGCGUCAUUCUGCAAGGCGUCGACCACGAAUGAGCCAGAUAGUUCGAGCGCUUGAAGGGGACGUGUCCUUGUCAGAUCUGAAUGAAGGAAUACGACCUGGUCACAGCGCAGUCCACAAUUCCUAUGGAAGCUCAGAUUAUGACACCAGCCAAUAUAAUGAGGACAUGAAAAGGUUCAGGAGGAUGGCAUUGGCAAGCCAGGAGUAUGGCAGCAGUGAGUACAGCGGCGGACCAACCAGUGAGUAUGGAUUGUACCCAUCAGGCUCAAGCAGCGAAGGCCAACGAACUACACGAGAAAUGGAGAUGGGAAAGAUGAAGAAAGACAGUCGAGGUUUCAGUGGGGGCUCUUGACAACUGAAUCCCCCAUUUUUUUCUGUAGCCCAUACCUUAUUCUUCUUAAUACCUGCAGCCCGCAGGAUGUAUGUUGCUUUACGUUAAAAGAAUGGCAUGUUUUGCUUGAGAAUACACUGAUUUUUUUUUUCCUAACUUUUUUUUUUUGCAUUGUAUUUAAUUCUGCGUAUACAAGAAGUUAAUGGAGAUAUUGCAUCAAUUCUUUUAUGUUGUA